AUGCGAAGGCUUCGCAGUUUCCUCCUCGUCUCCGCUUGCUUCUUCUUCACAGGUGACGCCGCCAAGAUGAAGAUGAAGUCGGCGGGAAAUGUGCAGGACGCCAUGCUCUCCCUUCUGCCCACCACGGACUCCCGUGCCCAAAAGGCAUCCGGCAUGGAGAGCAUCGUGCUGGAGCUUGCCAAGCAGGCUAAGUUGGCCGCAGCCGACUCCGGCAACGUCUCGGAGCUGGUUGAGUCCAUCAAGCCUGUCAUUCAGGACAUGCUGUCGAACAUCUUCCAAGCUGCGAACGCGCUGAAUGCCAGCUGCGAGGCUUCCAGGCGGAAUCUGACGGGCUGCCCCGAAGUAUCGGAAGACACGCAGUUUUUCCCACAGCACUUCGAUGGGGACUGGGAGACCCUCAGGACCAAUCACCGCAAGUGUCGGGAAGAGGUGCCCCUGUUGAAGGCCGAGGCGGAUCAGUGUUCCGCCAUGCGAGACAGCCUGCUCGAAACGGAACAGGCUGCCUUGGAAACCUUUCGGUCCCUGAACAUCUUCAACAGCCCCCAAGAGUGUCACAUAGCAUCCUCCACCAACGCGGAGGACUAUUACAAGCGAAUGUACGAGCACUUCGAUGCGGAGUCCGCGGCAUGGUGGGAAGCCUACGAGCACAUGAACCAGAUUGUUGCGAACCUCUCGAAAUGGAACUGCUCGAAGCCCACCAACGCCUACUACGUCAAGAUCGGACAAUGCCAGCGGAUGCAGCUCCUGUUGGAGGAAACCGCUUGCGAUGUCUACAGCAGGACGAACGAGUCCUGCGCCACAUUGGGGUCUUGCGAAGACGCCCGGUGGCAAUUCUACUCGGAGGUGGUGUCUGCCAGUCAGGAGGGCCUGAACUCGCUCAAAGACGAGUAUCGCGCCACCAAGCGCAUCAAGUGCCUCCUCGAGGCGUUCACCGCCGACGACAUGGACCAGGCCAUUGAGCAGUGCACCCAGAAUCAGUACGCCACCGGCGCGGUCAACGCAACCUGCUUGGACAACUACGGCACCGAGCAGAAGCCCGCCUACAUCACGCCGAAAGCCUGCAGCGGGAUAGAGGCAAUCCUCUCCCCUGCGGACAAGAACUUUCGAGCAUCUGAGUACGAUGCGCGCGGCAUCGAAGCAGGACCCUGCUUGGCCCCUUGCUGCGGUGAAGGGGAGCCCUUCUUUCAGUUCAACAUGAUCUCAGAUACCUGGGUACCAUGGUAUCAGUACUAUUGGGGUACUGAGACGCAUGGGAUGUAUGCGAACUUCGAGGAUGCCAAGCGAGCCUGUGAGUUGGCAACCUCCGUCCGGUGUUGGGGCGUUCUGGAUCAAUGGUGCGACGGAGGCAAGGCAUUUGGAGGUUCCACUGACGUAGCAUUCCCUGACCGCAAUGAUAAGAAGGGACUGAUGUACACAAUGGUGAAGAAGUCCCAGCCGGCAUCCCGGUCACCUCUUCGGGUGUUGGGGCUUCGGUUUCAGCAUUCAGGCUUCUUGGGGGCUUGA